AUGGCGAAAGAUCGGAAUAAGAAGUAUGAUUUUUGCGUCAAGUUUCUUGAAUCAAAUCCUCAUAGCAAAAGUGCAUCGAGUAUCAAAGGAUUGGUCAUAGCAUCAACGAAGAAUGCUGCAUUCAACACGAUUAACGUGGAAAGAAUCGCUAAAACGAUCCUCAAUGAAAGGAAAACUUCUCCUGGUAAUAAGGCAGCAUUACGUGAUUGCAUCGAGCUUUAUAAAGAUGCAAAUAGUUCUUUAAACAAAGCUUUAACGAACGUUAAGUAA